UAUUUUGAGUAUAAAAGGAAUAAGGGUUAAAUUGAAAGGUAUCAGUUGACUCUUCUUUUUCUUGAGAAUCAUCCUCAAAUACCACAAUAAUGUUCAAGCUUUUGGUCGUCGCUUCUCUCGUCGGUUUAGCUGCAGCUGGAGGCAGCCACGACGUUGACGAUGCCUUGUUGGCCAGAGUUGCCUCUUUGUUGGGAGAUGGUGGUAGCGGUGGUGGUGGCGGUGGUGGAUUCGGAGGAUACUCCGGAGGGGGUGGCGGUUCUUCAGGAUCAGAUGGCGUUGAUGACGCUUUGUUAGCCAGAGUUGCUCAGAUCAUUGGAAACGAGGGUGGAUCUUCCUCAGGCGGAUCUUCUGGAUACUCUGCUCCAUCUUACAGCUCCGGUGGUCAAGGAGGUUACUCCGGUGGUGGGCAAUCUGGUGGAUACUCUGGUGGUCAAUCCUCCGGAGGUGGUGGUGGAAUCCGAAUUGGAAACCCAGAACGAUCCCAGGCAGUCGCUGAAUUCGAUCUUGGAGGUGGAUCAUCCCAAGGUGGUCAUGGAGGUUAUUCUGGCGGCGGUGGUGGGCAAUCUGGUGGAUACUCUGGUGGUCAAUCCUCCGGAGGUGGUGGUGGAAUCCGAAUUGGAAACCCAGAACGAUCCCAGGCAGUCGCUGAAUUCGAUCUUGGAGGUGGAUCAUCCCAAGGUGGUCAUGGAGGUUAUUCUGGCGGCGGUGGUGGACAAUCUGGUGGAUACUCUGGCGGUCACUCAUCCGGUGGCGGUGGUGGCGGUAUCCGUAUCUCCAGCCCAGUCCGAGCUCAACAGGUUGCUGCUUUCGAUCUUGGAGGUGGAUCCCAAGGUGGUCACAGCUCCGGUGGUUACGCUUAAUUUUUUGUACUCAGCCAUCUUUAUCUGGUCAUCUUCAUUAUACUUGUUAAAUAAAAACGCAUUAUAGGAAA